UCAACCCAGCUUUUCCCUCACUCCUGGGGUCUGGUGCUUCUCGCCAUUCUUACACAUUCCUUUGAUGCAGUUAUCAGGCUGGAUGGUGGUUUAGUAGUUGAGAUGUGGAUGUCUUUUGGAAAAUACUCCUUGUUUUCUCCCCCAAAACAACUGCAGAGGUCCAAGGGGACUUUCCCACCUGCGUCCAGGACCUCUGCAAUGUCACGACUUGUCUCCACCACCUGAUCUCACAGCGCCAGGAGGCCACGACGGAGGAAGCCCAACUGCAGGUGGAGAGAGAGGCUGGCAGCGCCAACCUUGCCAAGCUGAACAAGGCCCUCCAGAUGCAGUUACAGUCCCAGCUGCUGAAAGAGGAGGUCUCCCAGCUAAAAUGCGCCCUCCAAAAGUCAGAGAUGGAGGUGGCCACUCUUUGGGAAGAACUGUGGGUGACAAAACCGUUGGAGGAAGAUGGGACCCGAGGGAAAAUCUGGCUGCGGCAAGAGAUACGGCGGCCAGACUGUUGUGGCCAGCGCACAGUGUCCACUGCCACACGACGACACAGAACCCCAACGGGAAAUGCUUCCAGCCCAGACUCUACCUGUGGCCAUGCCUCCUCUCCGCCUGAAGAACCAUCUACUCUUCCCUCAGAGGAGGACCAGCCCGUCCCGAUAACGAAGGAUCGGUUCCAGAGAGAACAACGAUCAGACCCAACAUUACAGGUGGCCUGGUCAUUGGCGAGGGGUGAGGCACAUGCCACUUGGCCAAACAAGCGCGCCAAGUUCGUGGUGACAGAUGGCCUGCUCUACUGUGAAUUUUGGCCAAAGAACUUUAAGGGAGACUGGUCACCACAAGAGCAACUCCUGGUCCCAACUACAUACAGGGCCAAGCUCCUCAGCCUGGCACAUGGCCACCCCAGGCGCCAUACAGGAGUCACCCGGACGAAGGACAGACUUAAGAAGGCUUCCUUUUGGGUUUCCAAGACUCGCCAGGAAGCAGACAGCCAGCCAGAAACCUGCUACACUAACCCUACAAGGUGCACUUUGCUCAAUGUUUAUAUCCUACCUUCCCUCUCAUAAGCUCCUUAUGCCAGAGGCUCACCCACAACAACCCUGUGAGGCAGGACAGGCAGAAAGAAGGGGGGAAGACUGCCCCCAAGAUCACGCAGAGAGUUCCACAGCUGAAUGGGGCAGGAUUUGAACCUGGGUCUUGCAAGUUUUAUGCUCCCUGACCUCCCAUUUUGUCCACCCACCUACCAUGUAUCUGUUCCUCAUGCAACAGAGGAAGGAGACGCUUCAGGCUUUGCUCCAGAUGCUCAGUUCAGGCCCCAACAUGAUUCUACACCGAAUCCAGCCCCGAUUCUGCCUACAAAAAGUGGCUGAAGCCUGGCUCCAGAGGGUCUCUAUG